AUGUCGCACAUCAUUCCCAUGGUGUCAGACUCCCCGCCACCCCUUGAUGAUGAUACCUGGAAUGAUGAUGAUGAUGAUGAUUUUGGUAACUUUGCCAGUGUUACUGACCACAACAUCAAGAGCCCCUCGUCUGACAGAGGACUUUGUCUUGAAGAUAAUGUCGACUUUGGUGUUUUCAAGGGUUUUAAUCAGUACAACCUAGAUCGAGGAAUCAGUGUAAAGGAGAUCCCACCUAGUGGAAGUGAGCGACCGGUCUUGCAAACCCUGAAAUUCUUUCCUGAAGAGGAGACACAUCUAACCAACGGUAAACCUCCCCAAGAAGGCUUACUCUCCAAGGACAAUGAUAUUGAAUUUGAACAAAUCAGUUGUGAUACAAAAACACUGGGCUACUUGUCCAACCUUGGCAGCAGUCGGGGUCGGGACUCAAUGACUGAUUCUGGUCACUGUAGUACUGAUAUCUCACCUGUUCCAAAGUCGGAUGAAAGUCCAGAUUCGGGUGAUAAAAGCAGCUCUUCUGAACUUGAAGAAACAUUUAACGGAGAAAUUAGUCACAAGGCAAACGGUCAGUUGACUUCGGACCACUGUGAGGAGGAGGACGAGGAAGAGGAGGUCAGUGUGGUCAAGCUGGGUGAUAAAACUGGUUGUGAUAAAGACAAAACCAGCAACAGCAUUAACGGCAGUACAGAAGGAUUAGCUACAGACCUGCCUCCAGACUUUUCUUGUGUUUCUGACAAGGAGGAUGAGUCAUGUGCCCAUAUCAGCCCAACCCUCUCUGCUAGAAUGGACCAAAUGAGUGCAGACAACGGCUCAAGCCCUUCUCCACCAUCAUCACCUCCACCUCCGGACUUUCCUCCUCCUGCAAGACCUGAUACACCAGAUAUAGCGGCUGAAAUUGGGGCUGACCACCUUGCUGCCCCUGAUGGUACCACAGACCCAUAUAUGUUGGUUAGCAGUCAACAGCCAAACACAACUACUGAUGAUUCAGAUGAUUGGGCAGAUUUUUCAUCUGCUCCGUCAUUCAGCAGUGCUUCUAACGAUUUCAAUUUGUCAAAUAAUUGUCAAUUCUCAUUAAACCCGUCCAUUUCUUCAACCACCACAACCACAAAAGAGUCAUCUGUUUCCCUGGCAGUGACUAUUGGGAACUUACAUUCUCAAACUGACUUUGGGGAUCACUCACAGGAGAGUUCCUCAUCAGAUAAGGGCAGGCAGAAAAAUACAUUAGCUGAAACAACAGCCCAAGUCAGUCAUGGCUCAUCAUUAGGUUUUAAUGCAGAUUUUAGUGAAUGGGAUUCCUCAAACCGAGAAAACCAAUCAAAUGAUAGAAAGAUUGAAGCUGAUUUUCCAAGCCAGGAUGAAAGCCUGGCCGAGAGUUCAACAGACUAUGAAGACAUGGGUCCUGAUGGCUGUGAUUUGCGCAGUAAUGACAGCCUAGAUGAAAGUUACUCUAUCUCUGAUCAUGUCAAAACGGUUGAGCUGAAAUACUCGACCGAAGAGAACCAGGAAUCUGAUGAUGAUGAUGAAUUUGGAGAUUUUGGUAGAUUCACUGCUACAGGAACAAAUCUACCUUCUGAGGACUUUGUACCCAAAUCUGAAAACCUCACUCGUUUUGGAGGUAAAACCCUCCCAGAUGGCACAGAUGAACUUGGUGAUUUCUGUGAAUUUCCGUGCAGCACUGUGUCUGCCACUGUUGAUGAUGAUGAUGAUGACGACGACGACGAUGACUGGGAUGAUUUUGCAACACCCCCCCAGUUACCAACACCUGCAGCUCCUACAGUACCUGCCAAUUCCAAGCAGGAAUUCACACCUUCAUGGGAUGGCUCUGCUUCUGAUUUUCAUACACAUUCCACUGUCAGUUUUGUUGGAGGAUCAGCAUCUGACAGCACAAAGAACAACGAUGAUUGGGCCAAUUUUGCCACUGCUGUCCCACCCACCCCUGUAGAAUGUGCAGGGGCAUCAUCACCGUUUGUUUCUUAUACAGCUCCUAGCACCUCUUCACAUAAAUCUACACAUUCCAAAGUUUCCAAUGCAAUUGCACCAGUAUUGAAUAAAUGUUUUCCUGAGACAAUGUCCAUGUUUGCCUCUACGGAAUCAUCACAAUUUGGUCUACUCAAGGAUCUCAUUUUGGAUGAGAUUCCUCUGCGGAAAAGCCACAGAUCUCAAAAACUUAAAGCCAGAGGAACCCGCUCAAGCUGUUGUGUAUGGAAACAGCUGUUGGAUGUUGACGUGACUGAUGCCCUCACGUAUCAUUUCACAGACUCUAAAGGAAGCAACAUGUUGUUCAGGACAUUACGUAUUGAUUCUCGAAAAAUUUUGAUGGGUCAUAAAAAACCUGGAGUUCCAAUAUUUGCUGCCAAUUUAGGUAUGUUGGAACCGAGCAAGGUAACCGGCAAUGAUGCUUCCAAGAGCACCAACUUGACUGGUUCCACAUUAUCACAGGAUACCCUAAUAGAUACCCACCGUACUGAACCGCGGGAGACACUAGGGCAGGCUGAUAUCCCUCCUGUGCUAUUUGAUUGGAGCAGUAGUGGCCUUACUAACCCGUUAGAGCAAUCAGCAGCAGCAACAGCAUCGGCAAACACUCUGGACUUGGACUUCCUUGUGGUGAAAGAUUCUCCAGAAACAUCUAUAUCAAAAAGUGGAGUUUUUGAGUCUGAACUUUUGGGAGGUCCUCUUAAACCGUUACCCUCCUUCAAGCCAAUGCAACCGCUGGAAGAUAUGCUAGCCAACACCAAGUCAACGACAAUGAAGCAGUGUCAACCAGACGAGCACUUGACCACUGAAGCAUCCAAGGUCAUUCAGACUCUUCCUGAUCUCUCAUUCAUGCACGCAAAAGUUUUAAUGUUUCCAGUCCGACAGUCUAGCCAAUAG